AUGAAUAGGCGGAAUGUCCGAUUACCGCCCGAAGUUAACAGAGCCAUCUACGUGCGCAACCUACCGUUCAACAUCACAUCAGAGGAGAUGUAUGACAUCUUUGGGAAAUACGGCGCCAUCAGACAAAUACGCAUUGGUGUAACAAAAGAGACGCGGGGAACGGCCUUUGUGGUGUACGAGGACAUUUACGACGCGAAGACCGCCGUGGAGCAUCUGUCGGGGUUCAACGUGGCCAAUCGGUACCUCAUAGUGCUCUACUACCAGCAGGCCAAGUUCACCAAGAAAAUUGAUCAGGCCAAGUUCACCAAGAAGAUCGACCAGCAACCGGUACAGCAUGCAUAUUCACAUGUCAUCACUGCCCCUUUGCCCCCCGCUCCCCUUUCUGUUCCCCCCCUCUUCUUCCGCCUCCCUUCUUCUCUGUGUGGCUCUUUUUGGGGUGGGUGA